CAGCAACAACACAAGUGCUUGUAUCGUGAGAUUUAUGGACGGAACGAUUGUGGCGGACAGGCUGGCAAAGAGACAGACAGACAUACAUAGCUCUGUCCGCACAAGCUUUGCAAACUUUAGUUCACCAAUUUGGUUUAGUUAAGUUUGGAACGUGAAACCGUUAAAACGUCGCCGCUGUCUUAUUCGCACGGAAGUGAAACCCCCCAAAAAAACCGAAACACCAGCAACACAUUUUUGCAAAAACAAAGCAAACGAACCGAACCAACCGUACGUACGGUCCUUCGUAGUUGGUAAAACGUAUGCAAAUAGUUGUGUUGAAUUUUUAAUUAACCUGAAAAGACAUUCGGACCACCUAAACGCGGAUUAUUUAACUCUAAAUCAAAAGCAGUUCCCAGAAAAAACGCAGACUUGAAAAUGAAACUAUUUGGAGCUAUCCUGGGAUUGACCCUACUGGUCACAUAUGUUCACUCCGUUCCAUUGGACACCAUUGAAUGUCCCGAGAAACAUGGCGUUCAAGCCUAUGCCCACACUGAAAAUUGCGAUCAAUUCUUUUUGUGCACCAAUGGCACUUUGACUUUGGAGACCUGUGAAAACGGUUUGUUGUUCGAUGGCAAGGGUGCUGUGCACAACCACUGCAAUUAUAACUGGGCUGUCGAUUGCAAAGGCAGACAAUGGGAUCCUACACCUAUUUCUACACCCGGCUGUGAAUAUCAAUUUGGCAUCUAUCCCGUCUCUAAGGAAUGUUCAACAACAUACAUCAAGUGCGCCUUCGGAGAACCUAUCGAACAGGAGUGCGAUGCCGGUCUGGCCUAUGAUGAGCGUAUUCAUGGCUGCAAUUGGCCCGAUCAACUUUUGGAUAGUUGCAAUCCUGAAGCUGUUGUCGGUUUCAAAUGUCCCACCAAAGUUGAUGGUCCAGCUGCCCGUUUCUGGCCUUUCCCACGUUUCGCUGUACCCGGAGACUGUCAUCGUCUAAUCACUUGCGUUGAAGGUCAUCCCCGUUUGAUUACCUGUGGUGAGGAUAAGGUCUUCGAUGAAACCACCCUAACCUGUGAAGAUCCCGAAGAAGCCCAUUCGAAAUGUGGCGGUUAUGGCAAAUAAAUAAGAACUUCUCCAUGAAAACUUCAAAGCAAUAACUCAAAAUAUGUAAAUCAAUUGUUUUUUU